UCACAUGUCAGAACUCAUACACUGCUUCAUAUUUGUCAGGAUCAACAAGGAGUGUGAGUUGAUAGUGAAAACAAAAUGGCGUUCAAACUUUUAUUACUGUGUGUAACUUGCUGCGCGUUUGCAAGCUGUAAGCCCACUUUUGAUAAAGGCUUCACUCACAAAGUUACUGAUGGAGAGAUAGAUACUUUACCUUACGAUCACAUAUUUCCAAACGAUAUAAACGAAGAUGAACACACUGAUGCUUUACCAGAUGAUGAUCAAGAAUUCUUCAUUGACUUUCCAACUGAAGAAGAAGAGGAUAAAAAAGAUACAACAACUGAGCAGCCUGCUCCUGGUGUUGAAGAUUUACCACACGAAUAUCCAAUUCAUCCAGAAAGUGAAGAAAACGACGAACACCAUGCAGGCUAUCCAUCAAAAGAAGAAAAUUUGAAAGGAGAAGAGAAGGAAGAAGUAGUAGAAGAAAAAGAAAAACAUAGCGAUGCGCCACAACAUAAAAUGAGGAAAGAGGAAAAAGAAGAAGAAAAUGAAGAAGAAGAAAAAGAAGGGGGAGAAGAGAAAGACGAAAAAGAAGAGGAACAAGAACAAAUACCCCCACCUAGCAUGGACGAAACUGAUGUCAUCAUCGAAGAAGGUGAAGAUGAAAGUGAUGACGAUAUGGAAGAAAUUCCUUCUCCAGGCUAUGAACAUAUUGUGCCCUCCUCUAUACCAAGAGAAGAAGAACCAUUUGAAGACGAAACGGAUGACGGCGAGGAUAGUGACGAUGAAAAUGUUGAAGAAGUUGACGACGAUGAGAUGGAAAAUAAGAAGGAAGCUAAAGAGAGCAGGGAGGAUGCUGCCGAAGAGGAAACUCAUCCAAAAGAAAAUGCAGAUGCUGAGGAGGAAGCCCAUUCUAAAGAAAGCUCAAAAGAUGCUACUGAGGAGAAAGAUCAUCUAGAAGUAAGUUCGGAAGAUGCUACUGAGGAGGAAGCCCAUCCAGAAGUAAGUUCGGAAGAAGAUACUGAGGAGCCAACCCAACCAGAAAAAAGUUCAGAGGAUGAGGAAGAAGCACCUUCUGGAAAAGGUUCAGAAGAUGCCUUGGAAGAUGAAGAAGAGGAAGGACUAGAUGAAGGUACUGGGCAUAAAGAAGAGAAAGAAAGUGAGGAAGAAUCAGAAGAAGUAGAGCGACCUACCAAUCCAACACCUGAGGAAUAAACAAUAAUCAUUAUAGCAAACACAUGUAUAAUUAAGUCUAAUAAAAAGUGAAAUUAAUUGUCAAUAUAAAUUUAAAAUAUCAACAAAAAAACA